AUGGCCCUGCUCCACACUCUGCCAAGACGGGCGCCCGCAUGGCGGCUGCCGGCGUUGGCGAGACGCUUCUCAACCUCUCCCCGCCACGCCAACUAUGCGGACACGCUGCCCAAUCUCAAGAUUGGCGCCCACACGAGGGUGCUCUUCCAGGGAUUUACGGGGCGACAGGCUACGGCUAAUGUGAAGGAGUCGCUGGAAUGGGGCACGAAGAUCGUCGGCGGUGUCAAGCCGGGGGUUGAGGGCGAGCACCUGGGCUUGCCGGUGUUUCCGUCCGUCAGCGCUGCCCAGCAGAGAGCCAAGCCCGAUGCCUCGGCCAUCUAUGUGCCCGGUAACCAAACGGCAAAGGCCAUUGAGGAAGCCAUUGAGGCGGAAAUUCCGCUGGUUGUGGCUGUGGCCGAGCAUGUUCCAAUCCAUGAUAUCCUCCGGAUCCAUUCCAUGUUGCAAACGCAAUCUAAGACCCGUCUGGUCGGAGCCAAUUGCCCGGGCAUCAUCUCUGCCAUUGGUAAGUGCCGAAUUGGGUUCCAGCCGCUGCCAUGCUUCGCGCCCGGGAACAUUGGCAUUAUCGCCAAGUCGGGCACUCUCAGCUACGAAACCGUGGCCUCGACGACGCGGGCAGGGCUUGGACAGAGCCUCUGUAUUAGUAUGGGCGGCGACGUGUUGGCCGGUACCAAUUUUGUCGAUGCUCUUCGCAUUUUCGAACAUGAUCCUGAUACCCAGGGGAUUAUUCUUGUUGGGGAGAUUGGUGGUGUUGCAGAGAUGGAUGCUGCGGAGUGGAUUCGAGAUUAUCGGAGGAGGACUCCCAACCCGAAGCCUAUAAUGGCUCUCAUUGGCGGAUUGGAAGCUCCUCCUGGGCGCAUCAUGGGCCAUGCUGGUGCUUGGGCUGCUCCUGGAGAACCGGACGCACAGACGAAAUACCAGGCCCUGGAACGUGCCGGAGCAGUCAUGGUCAAUCACCCGGAGAAGUUUGGUGAGGGCAUGAAGACUCUCCUGAGUAAUGGUGCUCGGCCGGGCACAAGUCCUCUCUCGGGAACAGGCUCGCAAAGACGAGGUCUGCACACCCUGAGGCGAGUUAUCCCAUCCCCAAAGUCAACCACCCAGCAGAGACGCAGCCUGUACAUCAAACAAUUCCAGGCUCUGGAAAUCCUCAAACAGAAAGCCGUGCUUGUGAAAGACACACCGGCAGCACCUUCUGAUAAAUCUAUUUCGAUUACGGUCGACCGAACUGCCUUGUCACCAUGCAUCAUUGCCUCUCCAACUGCAGAUUUCGACUCAACUCAGUCCCGCAAAUUCCCAUUCAGUUACACCCAAACCAACUUUGUAAAUAGCCCCGUCAUUGCCGCAGUGGCCUCGCACUUGGGUCUCCCGGACUCGGCACACAGCAAGCUGGCAAGCCUGGUUCAAGCACUGUGGGAGAUCUUCACGGAGAAAGAGGCUUUCGUGCUGGAGACUCGGGUGGACAUAUCGGCCACUAGUGAUAUGGAAGUUCACGGCGCACGGUUUGGCUUUGAUGAUGCUGCAUUCCGCAGCUCCGGUCGCCAGGAAGAGAUCCAUCGUCUGCGGAACACGGCCGAGGAAGUUCCAGAGGAGGUUGAGGCUGAGAAGGACGGGAUUGUAUACGUUAAGUUGGAAGGCGAAGGCAGUGUCGGCACGCUGGUCAACGGAGCCGGCCUAGCCAUGAACACAGUCGACGCCCUAACAAUCCACGGCGGCCACUGCGCCAACUUCCUCGACACGGGCGGCAAGGCCACCUCAGAGACCGUCAAGUCGUCGUUCCGGAUCAUCUGCUCGGACACGCGCGUGAAGGCGAUUUUCGUCAACAUUUUCGGCGGGUUAACGCGCUGCGACAUGAUCGCCGAGGGUAUCAUCCUGGCAUUCCGGGAUCUGGAUAUGAAAGUGCCGGUGGUGGUACGGUUGCGUGGCACGAAUGAAGAAAGGGGACAGAAGAUGAUUGCCGAGAGUGGACUGCCGCUGCAUGCAUUUGAUGGAUUUGAAGCGGCCGCAAAGAAGGUGAUUGCAUUGGCCAAGAACCCUGUCAUCUCUACCCCGGCCCCCAAUCUCUUCACACCACUCUUUUUGACCCAUCCUCUUCUUCACCUAUGCCCUCGCCCGCCCUCCCGCACCAUGUCUGACCCCCGAGCCGAGCUGCAAUCUACUCUCCGCAGCCUAUCCAUUGGCUCCAAGGGUCCUGUGCAGGACAUUCCACGGCCGACCCCGCCCCGAUCCUCCAUCGCCGGGUCCGCAACAUCAACCUCAAAGCCCAAAAAGCCUCCCAGAGCAGUCGCCGACUCCUGGGAAGACGAGGCGGAGCUCUCCGCCGACGACAACGACCUCCAGUCACCAGUCGACGGUCCCUCGUCUUUGUUCUCACGAACGAUCAGCGGCGAGGGUCCGCUCGAUCCCCCGCCGACCCCGAUCUCGCCCCAGACGUCUCAACCCGGAGCGGCGGGGUGGUAUUCCUCGUCGCCGACCUCGGCUGGCGGGUACGGUGCUGCGCCGCAGUCGGGUGGCACCUCGAGGCGGCCGGAGAAACAGACCGCCGUUGCGGGACGAUUGAUUGCCGGUGCGUUAGGGAUUAGGGCACCGAAGCGCACGGAGGAGCAGAGGUCGUAUGACCGUGCCGUGAAAGAGCAGGAGAUACGGAGGCGGGAGCGCGAGCGCGAGGAGCUGGCCAAGGCGAAGGAGGAGGAAGAGAAGCUCAAGUCGUCGGUGUGGAAUGAUUGA